UUCAGCAGACGUUUCAUACAUUCGACAGCUCCAGAUAUACAAACUCUGCCAAAGCCAAAGCCAAAGCCGAAGCUCAAUACAGGUUACAGGAACUUAUUAAGACUUUCAUUAUAUAAAUGGAGCGUGACAGCAAGAAGAGAGUAAGAGAAGGAGACGAAGGCCACAAUAAUUCUUCUCCUUCUUCUUCUUCUUCUUCUUCUUCUUCUUCAGAGAGAGAGAAGCAUGCAAAGACAAAAGAUGAUCCUAUUAAUUAUGGUAUUUUGGACUUGAAAAAUGACGUCCUUGAAUACAAGGACAACGGCAGCAGCAGCAGUACAUCGUCAGAAUCCCACUGCGCAUUAGGAGUAUUUGAUUUUCCGUGGCUGAAAGAUGGUAUAAUCUCCCAAUCGGAGGAGUGGAUUAAUUUUGAGGACGUCUUCUCAUCACCAGUACUGGCACUGGAUGACACACCCACCUUUACUACUAGUAGUAAUCCUGGUCAUGGUAUAAGUAUUGAUGAUCAAUUUUCUUUCUCCGCGGUGGGGCGGUGUUUCUAUCAGACUCAUGAUCAAUCCGAUCAUCAGGAACUGCUCCUAGACUUUCCUCCAGCUAAGGACAAGCUUGAGGAAGAUGCACAGCGAAGUCCUCGAGAUCUUAAUCAAGAUGAUGAUGGCUUGGAGAAUGAGGGUGCGGAUUGCAUUUGGACCUUCCUGCUCAAUCAGCCCCUUCAUCAACAGCCCAACUAAUUAAGUUUACAUUAUUAUUAUUAUUAUUAUUAUUAUUAUUAACUGCGAGUUAUGUCACAUAAACAGAAGAUAAACUUGGGCAUGUAAAUGCAAUGCAAGUGCAACAAGGGGGGAUGGAUGUGUAGCCAGAGGCAGGCCCACAAAGGAUCGAUUACACACUCAGUGCUGGCAUGGCAUGGCAUGCCCAAUAUUGUGUAAAGGUAGCCAGCCAGCCACCCGUCUCUCUCCCUCCAUCUCUUUUUUCUUUUUUCUUGUUUACGCUCCUCCGCCAUUUCUGUUACACUUGUGUAAUUUAUUAUUGUCCAAUUAAUUCAUAUUGGGUCUCUUACUAUUC